AUGCUUGAUCUUGAAGUUGUUCCAGAAAGGUCGCUUGGAAAUGAGCAAUGGGAGUUUAUUUUGGGCAUGCCGUUCUAUCAAACGGUGAAUAUCUUAAAACGGCAAGACAGAGUUAUAAAAGGUGUUCAAGUUUGGUACAGCAACACACAGCCGUUACAAAUGGACUUAGUCAUCAGUUUGUCUCAGGAUGGCAUCAAAUUAAUAUUUGAUCCUGUUUGUCAGCGCUUAAAAAUAAUAGAAGUUUUUAGCAUGAACAAAGUCAAGUUAAAAUACUGUGGUGUCCAUUUCAACUCACCUCAAGUUCAACCGACCAUUGAACAAAUUGACCAAUCAUUUGGAGCAACUCAUCCCGGAGUGUACAAUUCAGAAAAACAACUUUUUGUUUUGAAUUUCCGUGGGCUUUCAUUUGAUUUUCCAAUUGAGUCAAAGUUUGAGCCACGAUAUGCCCAUGGACUUGGAUCUCUACAAUUUCCUAAUGGAUCUUCUCCAGUAGUCGCACGUAUGUGCAUUUACUCAGGAAAUAGUUUAAGUGAUACAAGAGCUCCUCCAUUGCCCAUUACAUGCUUUCAUGGAAACUGCUUUGUUGAUUGUGUUGAGGUACUCAGAGAUCAUAACUCAACACGAGGAUUGAAAUUUAUCCUAGUUACUGAAGGCAAUGGUUCAAGUAAACUAUUGGAUACAAGGAAAAAAACAGUGGAUAGGAUAGUCAGAUUUUCUGACUCUUGUCAGGAUGUGAUUAGUGCCUUAGGAUGUCCAAGUAAAGUUUUUUACAAAUCAGAAGAUAAAAUGAAAAUACAUUCCCCUGAUGCUCAUCGAAGAGUCAAAUCCCGCUGUUCAGAUUAUUUUUACAACUAUUUCACCAUGGGAGUCGACAUUCUUUUUGAUGCAAAUACCCAUGUUGUGAAGAAAUUCAUCUUACAUACCAAUUACCCUGGCCAUUACAAUUUUAAUAUGUACUACAGAUGUGAAUUCAAAAUUCCAAUUCACAUAGAUAAACCAGAAUUAGAAGCUGGCUUAUCUGAAGAGGAACCACUGAUCAUUACAGCCUAUUCAAAGUGGGAUAAAGUACAAAAAUAUCUGUUGAAACCUGAACAGCGACCGGUCAUCCUGACCAGGUCAUCCUCUACAAAUACUAAUAAUCCAUUUGGAUCGACUCUUUGCUAUGGUGUUCAUGAUAUGAUAUUUGAAACCAUGCAAAAUCACCACAUUGCAUCAAUAACAUUGUACCAGCCAUCAACAGCUACUACUCCCCACAUGACAUUCCAGUAUUUUCCUCUUUCAUCACUCUGUCCAUUUAACCACUUAAUGCUAAAUGAACAUAUGUUCAUAUCUACAUCUGGCUAA